AUGAGAAAAAAAUAUAAAUAAGAUUGUUAAUAAUAGAAGUAAUUCUAAAAAAUAAUUGGAAACUAAUUAUAAAUUUUUCUUAAUAAUAAAUCGAAUUAUAACAUUUUGGCACAAUAUUUUUAGGUCAUUUUAAAAAUAGGGGGAAAAUAUAAAGAAUUAGCAAUUAAUCAUAAAGAACAGGUAUAAUUGAUGAGUAAAUUAUUCAAUCAUCAAAUGCAAUUAGAUGGAUCAAAAAAUAAAAUUUUCGAAAAUAGACCCCAAUAGAAUGAAAUAAUGAAUAUAUAUUUUGCAAACAUGUUAAUGAAUGAAGUAAAUUGGCAAAAAUAUGAUGGAUUUGAUUAAAUUAUAAUUGUUUGCAAUAAAAAGAGUAUAGAAUAUUUAUUGAUUAUAAAUGUUACUUAAGUUAGAAUUAGUAAAAUUGUGCAUGAGAUCAAUUAAAUAUCAGAAAAAGAAAGAGGAAAGUUUAAAAAGGAAUGGUAAGUGUAAAAAUAGGAAAGGUAAAUUAGGGUUUAGUUAUAUUUACUGAGAAUUCAAAUAGAAUUUUGAGUUUAAUUUGUAG